AUGAAAGAAUUACAAACUGUUUCCGUUGUACCAGAUUUCAAUGGCCAAAAUGUAAAUUGCCUGGCCGUUCAGUUGUUCUCUCUGGCUGUUAUUCCACUGGCUGCUAUUAUUGAACAAUUUAGAAAUAUACAACAACCAAGUACGGCGGCGUCCGUCACUCUUCCUCUGGACAGGUCCUGUCCGAAUGACUGCGCAGCCGACAUAUUAAGUGAAGGCGCUAACCCAAAUGUAACCACAUCUUCCUUCAGCCGGAAAUUGAAAUUCUUGUACACCAACGUGCAGAGUUUGCUAUCAAAGUUCGACGAGCUGAAGAUCCACCUCUGCGACCUAUCCCCUGACGUAAUCUCUCUAACAGAAACCUGGUUGACCCAACACGUGAACGACCGUGAGCUGGCCUUGCCUGGCUACCAGAUGUUUAGAAGGGAUAUGGAAGGGCGUCAGGGAGGAGGCGUACUCACGUAUGUAAAAAAUGGGCUAAAUGUAUCAGACAAGACCGAUAACUUUUCGUGCAGUUCCGAGGCAAUCUGGUUGUCUAAUAAAGUGCCGAGCUCGCCUAGCCUCGAUGUCCUGACAGUUUAUCGACCGCCGAGACGGGACAACAUGGCCUACACUCGCCUGCUGGAGGAGCUCGAAAAGUUCGCUACGCGGCCGGAUACCCUAGUCAUGGGCGACUUUAACGCGCCCCAUAUUGACUGGAGCUCAACCCGUGCAAAUAGCUCGGAACAGACCUUCGAUAGGAGUUUUCUGAACACGGCACUGAAGCUAUUUCUCACUCAACACGUCAUGUUACCAACUAGAGUACGCGAAGGCCAACAAGCCAACUGCCAUGAUCUUGUCCUUACGAAGUCACAGGACAGCAUUGAUGAGGUGUCAUGCCUACCCCCCUCAGGUAAAAGUGACCACGUCGUUCUUCUAUGGGAUUACUAG